UGUAUACUUAAGGUUACUCGGCCAUUUUCUCCAGGUCAGCAAAAAGCACAUGGUUUUUGAACAGCCUAGCCAUGAAGCGUUCUUGGGAAGGUUCUUAUGAUGGUUACCCACCUGGACCCAACUACGAUUACUCUUAUGGAGGUCCUAGAUUUGCGCAAGAUGACGAGUACGACUACAGGUCCGAUAACAUUUCGCAAAUGAGACCUCGCCGUGGCCGUGCAGACAGACCCGUGUUCGACCGUAACAGCGCAAGUGAUCGCGGUGGUAGGCAAGGCAUGAAGUUUGUAAACCCAGAAUAUUAUGAUUGCCAGUAUGGGGACCGUUUCGAAGGCACAAAAUCAGGCGCCAUACACCCGUACGACGACAGCUCUGUGAAGAAACGCAAAGUUGACAAUUUGUCACUUUGUGUCGAUUUUGUUCGCGGCUUUUGCACAAAGGGGGCAAUGUGUCCCAAGCCUCAUGUUAACUAUGUAGAGUCUAAUGACGAACGCGAAGUGAUUGCGAAAGUGAAAUUUUGCCACAAUUUUCAAAACAGGGGUGUUUGUCUCCGCCCACAAGGUUGCAACUUUUUGCAUGUUACAAGACGCGAGGAGGAUGAGUUUUUGCUGACUGGGGCUAUCCCUCAAACUGUUUUUGAUCGAACAUCCGACCAAGGUGGUUUCCGUGGUGGCGACGAUCGUCCGAGCAGGGGUGGCGGUGGCGGUGGCGGUGGUGGAUUUCGUGGGGGACGUGGUGGUCCAGGCCGCGGUGGUGGUGGUUCAUAUCGUGGUGGUGGUUCAUAUCGUGGUGAUCGUGGUCCUAGCCGAGGGGACCAUGGCGGAAGGUUCGGGAGGCGUAGUAACAGUAGUGGAGAAUUUGUUGGUCAUUCUUCAAGCAAACCUGUCACUUUUUCCAGUUACUGUGUUGAUUUUCUAAAGGGAACGUGUGCCAAGGGUUCUGUUUGUCCUCUGAAGCAUGUUGAGUGUGUGGAGAAUGCUGACGAUCGGGAGGGAAUUGUUUCAACUGUGUUCUGUCAUGACUUCCUUAACCAAAAAUGUCGACGCCCAGCGUGCAAGUAUGUACACGCUACUCGUGAAGAAGAAGAUUAUUUCCUGUCUAAUGGAUUUUUUGCACCUACCAUUAAUGCUAGAAAUCGCGAGAAACUGUUCUACUCUGAUGUGUGCCUCGAUUUUCUACGCAACCAGUGUAUUCGUGGAAACAAGUGCAAUUACAAACAUGUGUCUCAAGUGGAUAACCAGAAGGAACGACAAGUCCUUAGCCGUUCGAUUUUCUGCCACGAUUUUCAGGAUGGUGCGUGCACUCGACCCUCCUGCAAGCUUCUCCACACUUCAAUUCAAGAUGAACUUUACUUCUUGAAUAAUGGCUGUCUGCCUGAGCACCUCUCUGUGUCUGAAUCUUCCCAGUCAACUCGUGAUCCUAAAUUGGACAUGCUUGCAAAGAAUGUUUGCCGUGACUUCAUCAAGAAUCGUUGUGAAUUUGGUGAUCGUUGUCGCUUCUACCACCCUACAGCUAUUGAGAUACAAGCUCUCGUUGCCAACUCGAAUGCUUCCACAAGACAGCCACCUAUGGAGCGUGGUGCAGGUGAAUUUAAUAAUCCAGGAGGGCCUUCUCAAGCUUCUACCUCGACUGCAGUAUCUGAUCCUGCUCCCUCACAAGAAAAUGACGCUCUGCAAGAUCGAGUGAAACAACUGGAACGCUUGCUGGCAGAUGCUUGCUACUGUAUGACACUGGCUGUGGGAAACGAUCACCCUGCUAUUUCUACACUAAUGGGUACCAUUUCUGAAUUGGCACCACCCAGCUCGCUCGCGAACCAAGGCCAAGAACAGGCCCCUAAAGAACCUGAUGUGCCUGCCUCAACCAACUAAAGACUGAUGUUGAAGUUUAUGGACUUUGUAGUUAUGGACAUUUAGUGUAUUAUGAACUGACCCUUAUAUUUGUAAUGUUAAUGUGUAUAUAAUUAUGUGCAGUUAUGCUCUUUGCUGAUAACUAUUUCCUCUUAUUAUUAUUAUGGAUGUUGAACUGAUAUUCUUACAAUGUGA